UCUCCAGAUGUGGUCUAUUCUCAGUCAAUAUUUUAUAAAAUAGUCGGACCCCACAAUCGUGAAAAGCCGAUAUGAUUUUAGAUAGUGUUCGGAUUGUGUGACUGUCAGUUAACAAUUCCUUACCAGAACUUGGAUUCGCCAUUAGUGAUUUUCACAGGUUUUCAUUAAAAUUUGAGCACUUAACUUUUUGUGAUUUAUUUUAAUCCCACGUGGUGGCUUAAAACUUGUGUUGUCAACACACAGUUCGAUCAAUAAACACGCUGUCGUUUAUUGUGUUUAAUUUCCUUGUAUAAAUCGUCUGCUUGGGAGAAAAAAAAACUUGAUUCUAUGUGACAAUCUAACUGUAGGACAAUGACGAAUGGAACAGACGACAGUUCGAUAACCCUAGUAAACGGAACAGGAGGCAUGUCACAGGGAAUCGGACCAGCUUCCAACGCCCCAACAGACGGAUACAGUGCCCCCAUCAAGGCUUGCGCGGGGUGCGGAUCUAGGAUAAGUGACCGCUUUCUUCUUCAUGCGAUGGAACGUUUCUGGCACACAGGGUGUUUAAAAUGUUCCUGCUGUCAAACGAAUUUGGAGCAGCUGGGUUCCUGUUUUACGAGAGCUGGCAUGAUAUUGUGUAAAAAUGACUAUAUGAGAUUAUUUUGUUCCGGUGGCUCAUGCGCAGUGUGUGGACAAAGUAUUCCCGCCAAUGAAAUGGUCAUGAGAACACAAGGGAACGUUUAUCACCUCAAAUGUUUCAACUGCUACACGUGCAAUAUGCCUCUUGCCCCUGGUGAUCGAUUUGGGGUGGUGAAUGGCAAUAUCAUAUGUGAAAACGAUUAUUCCAAAGCUAAUGUGAAAGGUCAAGUGAAUGGAAAUUCGCGGAGUCACAAAUUUCGCGGCAUCAUACAAUCAACGUAAAUUGAAUGUGACAGAUGAGAGAUAAUUUUGUGCCAUUUCAGUAUAAAAGAUUUUUCGAUUAACUUCAUUUUUGUCCUUUGUUAUUUCACUGAACUCCUCAUUUUUUGAAAAUUAAUUUAAAAUUCACCUAAAGUACACCCCAUACAGUUGUUUUUUGUGAAACUGUUAAAUUUUCUUUUCUUUUGGUGUUAUAUUUUGUCUUUAAAUCAUUGUAGUGUCCAUCUUUCUAUUUUUAUGGUUCUGUAGAUACCUUGGUUACUGUGACACACUUUGGUUUUUAACCAAAUUAUUUGAAUUAAGAUUUCUUUUAAGUUACAACAGAGUAUUUUUAACAAUACAUAUAUAUGAGUAACUUUCAUUAGAACAUUCCACAUACUUGAAUAACAUUCUUUCUGUAAUAAAGCAACAUAUUAUACGUAUAUAAUGCCCAAUCUGAACAAAAUCUUUAGAAUUUGACAAGAAUGGGUCAAAGUAAAAUUAAAUUUGUCCAUAUUUUUUAUUUCUCAUUUAUGUUGUUCCUUUGCUACAAUCAUGUUUUUUUUCAGUGCUGAUGUGGUAAAUGGAAACCACGCAACUCUCCUUUAAUUGUUAUAUCAUGGACGUUCACCGGCUUCAAAUGUGUCGUGUUCGUGAAAAUAAUGAUAUUUUACAUAAUAUGUACAUUUUCAUAAUGUAAUCUGUUGUUGAUAAAUAUAUUUGUAACGCCUUCAAGUGAACGUUUGUCUUGUUUAUUUCAUAAAUAAAAUAAUGAAAUUGUU